GGGCAAGAGUGGCCACGGAAUAGCCAGUUCAACCUUCUAGCGGCCUAUAAAGGCCGGCGCCAGGGGAAAGGGGCUGUUUUCCCAAAGGAAAUUAAAGCUGCUUGAACGACUGACAAGGACUAGCAAGACAUCAGAAAACGUUAACGUUACAUUCCUCGCUGGAGAGGUAAGGACUGAAUGGGCCUAAAGGAGCUAUAACAUCAUCUUGGUCAGAUUAGGAAGCACUGUAGUAGGUCAAACUAGACUCCUCACUACCACAUUCUAAUGAGGUCACGGCAAUGCUGACAUCUCCUCUGAAUCCAAAGACAUCAUCAUGCUGAAGACGGAGGCCUCGGGGGAGAGGACCAGCCUCCGGAGUGCCUCCCCCCACCGUAAUGCCUACCGGGCUGAGUUUCAGGCACUCAAGAGGGCCUUUGACCAGCCUCGGAUCGAUGGAGACUCAAAGCCCAAAGACGUCGAUCGGGUGAAACAACCAAGGGGUCGUCAGUAUGGCACCCAUGUCAGCCGCAUUAAGGACAUGUUCAUGCAGAUUAGUUCAGAAAAUUCAGCAGCUAAGACAAGGGGUAGAGAUGAUUCUUCGUCACAAAAGCUGGUCAAGCCCACCAACUUCAUCAACAAGGCUGAUGGAUCAGUGAUAAAACUCCAGCAUUCGUCAUCAGCUGAAAGGGUUGGAGGUGCUGGAGCAAAGUUCUCUGAAACCAGGAAGCUGUUUGAGCAGCAGUCACGUGACCAGUCCCAAUCACCAGUUUUUCCAUACGGACGCGAUAAAAGAGGCUCUCAUGAGUAUCUUGAUGACUGGCGAGGGGCAAGGUCCAAUCGAGGCAGUACAGACUCCUUGGACUCACUUUGCUCCAGAACAGAAGCGUCCUCACCGACUGUCAGUCAACUCAGUGCUGUUUUUGAAAAUGCUGACCACCACAACCAGGGUGUGUCCUACAGGGGUGUCAGCAGACGAGCCCUUUACUCACCAGAUGGAUUCCAACGCCAUGGAGGGGAUCUCAGUGAGGAUGAUUCACGACAGUCUCCUGUUCGUGGAAACUACCGGAGCAAGAUAGGGGGAAAGUUUCCCACAUCCUCGUCCUCUGAGGACCUCCUGAGCCCCAGUCCUGGGACAGAGACAGUGGAGCUGAAAUCAGUUCCACAAGAGGACGAAGCCCAAGACAAAGCAGAGAAGGCUGAGACUACGGGUGGAGAUCGACGGCACCCUUCUGGGGCCACCACCAAUGGAAGCCAGGUCAAUGGUUCUUGUGAAGAAGAUAAACCUUCAGAAACAAGAAAACAUACUGAGGAUCUAGGGGUGUCCAAAGUUUCAAAACCUACAGAUGAUGCUGUGAUUAUCAACAAAACUUUUGAAGAUGCCACUCCAGAGCCCCUGCCGACCCCAACUACACCGGCUGAAAGCCAGGAGGACGGAGAUGGUUCAAGAGAAGACAAGCCCUCUGAAUCUCCCAAUGACCAGGUGGAAGAACCUGAUGAGGAAUACACUGGGAAUGAGCGGGUAGUUUUUAAUGCAGACGGGGACGCCUGUUAUCAGGGUUGGGGUGAAAGCUGCACGGAUCCUGAGGAUGACCUCUAUGGAGACGACGAGGAUAUUGUCUACGACCCAGGCUCUGAUCUGACAGAGAUUCCUGGUCUGCCAGAAGAAAACAAAGAGGACAUCCCUCCAAAGAGAAAGAUUUGCUUCAGCACUGCUCCCAUUACAGUGUUCAACACCUACUCCAAUGAGGACUAUGACCGACGUAAUGAGGAGGUGGAUCCUGUGGCCUCCUCCGCAGAGUACGAGCUGGAGAAGAGGGUGGAGAAACUGGAGCUAUUCCCUGUGGAGUUGGAGAAAGAUGAGGAUGGCCUGGGGAUCAGUAUCAUCGGGAUGGGUGUUGGUGCUGAUGCUGGCCUGGAGAAACUGGGCAUCUUCGUCAAGACCGUCAUCGAGGGCGGAGCUGCUGAGAGAGAUGGCAGGAUAAAGGUUAACGACCAGAUCGUGGAGGUGGAUGGGACCAGUCUGGUGGGCGUCACCCAGAGCUUUGCUGCCUCCGUCCUCAGGAACACAUCAGGAGUGGUUCGGUUUGUGAUUGGCCGGGAGCGUCCGGGCCAGCAGAGUGAGGUGGCCACUCUGAUCCAGCAGACCCUGGAACAGGAGAGGAGACAGAGAGAGCUGCUGGAGCAGCAGUAUGCCCACUAUGACGCUGAUGAUGACGAGCAGACAGGAGAGUACGCCACAGAUGACGAGGAAACGGGGACAACAGUGGAAGGCGGAGAGAAGAGCAUUGAGGUGUUUGACUUGCCAGAGACAGAAGACAUCUUGUCUCCCUCGGACUUAGAUGCCACUAAACUCUACCAGAAGUUCAGAGAGCUCCAGAUCAAACACACAGUGACCGAAGCCGAGAUCCAGAAGCUUAAAAACAAGUUGGCAUCGGUGGAGAGGGAGAAGCAACGCUGGGAGAAAGAGAAGAGCCAGCUGAAGGCCAGCAUCGAGGAGAACAAGGAGAGGAUGUUGAAGCUGGAGAGCUACUGGAUCGAGGCGCAGACCCUCUGCCACACCGUCAACGAACACCUGAAGGAGGCCCAGGCCCAGUACCAGGCUUUAGAGAAGAAGUACAACAAAGCCAAGAAACUCAUCAAAGAUUUCCAGCAGAAAGAGGUUGAGUUUAUCCAGAAGGAGGAUGCAGAGAGGAGGCGGCUGGAGGACGCUGAAAAAGCUCACCUGGCUGAGAUCCAGGGACUGCAAGUCAGGAUUGCAGCAUUAGAGUCCGAGCUAAUGCAGCUGAUGAAGCAGAAUGGCAUCCAGGUCAACAACAACAACAGCAACAGUGCUGAGAGGUUCAGCGCUCAGCAACACAGCCCUGUCAGGGCCGCAGCACAAGCCAGAGACCUGAGCGAGGGCUGUCCCCACUCCCCCAGCAAAAAGAACAGCUACAGAGGAGUCACCCGUGACAGCAUCAGCUCCACCGAGGGAGAGGUAUCAGAGGGACAUGGCACUCCAGCCCACAGUCACUCUGGUUCGAUUCGUAGUGUGGCCUCUUGUGAUGGAGGAGCUGCGGCCCUCAGGGCUCCCGGCAGUGCAGAAAGCUCCCCCAGACGAACACUGCACUCACCAUCCACCACAGGAGUCCUCCAGGAUGGUUCUCAGUCUGCAAUGUCGAGCCCUUCUCACGGUCUGGAGGAGCACAGACAAGCUCUGGACCCUGGGUCCUCCCUCAGGAAAACCAAAGUGAAGGACAAAGAUCCCAGAGCCUCACCUGGAAACAGCUCCACAGAGCCAUCAGCAGAGGAUAGUCCAGAGAAAGUAAAGGCCAAGGGACCCACUUUGAACGAUGAUCUGAGUGCCAGCAGCAGCAGCUCAGUGGAGAUCAGCGGUCUGCUGAGUGAAGCCAAGAUGUCAGGACACUCACACACCCUGGUGCUGUCCUCGGAUGAGAGUCUGGAUAUGAUAGAUGAUGAGAUCCUAGACGAGGGACAGUUUUCGAAGCAGUAUCAGUGGCAGAACCGCAGCAUUACAGAGUGGACCUCCCAGCAAGUGGCCCGCUGGCUCAUGGGCCUCAACUUAGAACACCAUAUCCCAGAAUUCACUGCCAAAAACAUAGAUGGAGAACAGCUGCUACAGCUGGAUAGCACGGAGCUAAAGACCCUUGGAGUCACUUCUACGCAGGACCGUGCCCUGAUUAAGAAAAAGAUCAAAGACCUUAAGGUUCUGAUGGAGAAGGCAAAGAGGAACCGUGACAAGGUGGAGAAACAGCGCGAGAAGCUACGGAAGAGAGAGCUGGAGCAGCAGCAGAAAGAGGCGUGCAAAGAAAGCGCGGCAGAGUGAAGCAAAUCAUUACAUCACCUCCUGCUUUACUGUAGCACCACAACAAGUAGCAUCGAGGAACAGAACGUCAGCAGGCCCCACAAACUAACCCUGAGGGACGCCUACUCAGUAGUUCAGUAGUUCUCAGUGGUGGAGUUCAGGCCCAAACUGUCGGAGAUAGUUGAGUGACUUUUUCAGUAAGCAAAUUAAACCAAAAUGAGCAUUUGGAUAAUAGGAUGCUGCCCCUUCAUUUGCCUCAUUUUACACCCAUCCUCUGUUUGUAGCCAUUUAAGAAUUUACUCAGUUAUAUUUAUUUCGCUGUUUAUAGCUUUUCGAUUAGGUUUAUUUAUUCAUAUCCAGAGUAAGUCUGUAUUAAGUUCAUUUCAUCCUCAUCCCAUAUCAUUCUCAGAGCCAUCUGUUACCCAUCACACCACCUUUAAACACAACAACCAUGUACAUAUACAGUGAUAAAUACAGAUAAAAAUAUGUCUGAUGUGCCAUUUUGAUAGACCUAUGUAUAUAUUGUUCAGAUACAUUGAUCAGUGGAAUCAUUCUAUUGCUUUGAAGCACAUACAGUUCCCGGCCUGUGUGGUGGAAUAUAUGAGGCAGUACUCAUCUCCCACCACUGGGUGUCCCCUUGCUGCUUACUUUCAAUACCGACCAAGACAACACUGGAACUUUCCAAUAGGAAAUGAACUGGGAACCAAGUUUGACUGAGAGAAACAAACUCUCUCAGUGUUUGCAAGAACACUGGAAGUGCGACACUGUAAAUUUAACCUCUGCACUGGUUCGUCCAGUGCUCCUUACAGUAUAAAUGUACCAUAACUAAAGCAGUUCUCAAACUAUGAAUGACAAGGACAUAUUGUACUCAUUGGACUGGUUUUAAUGGAGACUUCAGGUACAAUGUAAUCAUGAAAUUUGUAACUUACCAAACCCAUACCAUAAA